CGAGAGAAGGUGGGGAUCCGACAGCCAUUAUCGAAUCAUAGCCGCGCUGUUCAUUUUUUUCUGCGUCCUGGUCGGCGCUAACGGUCCAGCAGAAGCCCGCUCUCAGUCCGCGUGUGCCCGGACUUCAUUAUCCGUGGAUAACUUACUGGCGGGGGGGGGGACGUAGCCUCGCAGGGCAUCAGCAUCUCUGCCAACCUGUCUCCGUGACCCCGUGCAGGAGUGCGAGGAUCGCCGCGAUCCGGCAGCUGGCACCAUGUCUUCCUCGGACGAGGAGAGUGUGAGCGAACGUUCUUACCGCAGCGAGCGCUCCGGCUCUCUGUCACCACGGCUCACGGCACACUCGUCCGGCCCGCCGGGUCCCCCCGGUGACACGCUGCCCUGGAAUCUGGCCAAGCACGAGCGUGGCAAGCGCAAGAACCAGGGCUCCGUGCUGGACCCCGCGGAACGCGCCGUCGUGCGUGUGGCAGAUGAACGGGACAGAGUACAGAAGAAAACCUUCACAAAAUGGGUCAACAAACACCUGAUCAAGGUCCGCAAACACAUCUCAGACCUGUACGAGGACCUCCGCGAUGGACAUAACCUCAUAUCCCUGUUGGAAGUGCUGUCAGGGGUCAUCCUGCCCCGGGAGAAAGGCCGCAUGCGGUUCCACCGGCUGCAAAAUGUGCAGAUCGCCCUGGACUUCCUCAAGCAGAGACAGGUCAAGCUGGUGAACAUCCGAAACGAUGACAUCACCGAUGGGAACCCCAAGCUGACGCUGGGCCUGAUCUGGACCAUCAUCCUCCACUUCCAGAUCUCCGAGAUCUAUGUGAGCGGCGAGUCGGGCGACCUGACAGCCAAGGAGAAGCUGCUGUUAUGGAGUCAGCACGCCACAGAAGGCUACCCCGGCCUGCGCUGCUCCAACUUCUCCUCCAGCUGGAGCGACGGACGCAUGUUCAAUGCACUGCUGCACCGCUACCGGCCAGACCUGAUCGACAUGGAAACUGUAGCAAAGCAGAGUAGCCGCGAAAACUUGGAACAAGCUUUUGAGAUCGCAGAGUCAUUAGGGGUCACACGACUUCUGGACGCUGAAGACGUGGAUGUGCCUUCACCAGACGAGAAGUCUGUUAUCACCUAUGUCUCUUCCAUUUAUGACGCCUUCCCCAAAAUCCCAGAAGGAGGGGAGGGCAUUGCGCCUCAUGAGGUGGACCAGCGUUGGCCCGAGUACCAAUCGCGCUUCACCUCGCUGCUCCAGUGGAGCCGGCAGCACACGGCCCUAAUGGCCGACAAGAACUUCCCUCAGAAUCCCGUGGAGUUGAAGGCUCUUUACAACGAAUACGUCCACUUCAAAGAGACAGAGAUCCCAGCUAAGGAGGCAGAGAAAAGCCGGAUCGAGCAACUGUACAAACUGCUAGAGGUGUGGAUGGAGUUUGGCCGUCUCAAGCUGCCCCAGGGGCUGCACCCCAAUGACCUGGAGGAGGACUGGGGCAAACUGAUCAUGGAGAUGCUGGAGAGGGAGAAGGCUCUGCGACCGGCCGUGGAGAGGUUGGACUCCCUGCUGCAGAUAGCCAAUAAAAUCCAGAACAUGGCUCUGGACUGUGAGGAGAAGCUCACCCUCGCCAAGAACACGCUACAGGCUGAUAUGGCCCAGUUGGAGGACGGCCAGCCAGUCCGCUGUGAGCAGGACUUGGGGGUCUACCUGCAGGACUGCGAGGGCCUGCUCAGGCAGCUGCAGGUGGACCUGCAGAUCCUAAGGGACGAAAAAUACUACCAGGUGGAGCAGUUGGCCUUCAGGGUGUCACGUCUCCAAGAGGAACUGGUCGCCCUCAGGCUUCAGUGCUCCAGCGUCUACAGGAAAGGUCACUUCACCAGGAGCAGCGUAGGCGGAGAGCUGGGUGGCCAGUUGAUGCCGGGCCGCGGCGGCCUCUCCUUGCCCUUGGGGGCCCAGACGCUGCUGGGGGCGGCAGGGGCGGUGGCGGCCCUCCUGCGCAGGCCCUUGUCCCGCUCCGAGAUAGUAGCUGUGUCCUCCUCAGAAGAUGAAGGAAGCCUGAGGUUCCUCUAUGAGCUUCUUGGCUGGGUGGAGGAGACCCAGGACCUGCUGGAGCGGGCUGAGUGGGGCACAGACCUGCCGUCUGUGGAGCAACGGCUGCAGGAACAUCGAGCCAUGCACGGUGCCGUGGAGAACCUGCUGCAGAGUCUGCAGGAGGCGCGGCGCUGCGAGGCCACCAUUUCCCCCACCUUCCGCAGCAGCUACACCGAGACACUGGCCAAGCUGGAGCACCAGUACUGCAAACUGCUGGAACACUCGUCGUGGCGACUGCGUUGCCUGGAGAGCCUGCGCGCCUUUGUGUCACGCUGCACAGAAGAGCUGAUCUGGCUCAACGAGCGGGAGGAGGAGGAGCUGGCCUUCGACUGGAGCGACGGCAACACCAACGUGGCAGCCAAGAAGCAGCUCUACGCGGACAUGAGGUCAGAGCUGGAGGAGAAACAGGACGUGAUGCGUAUCCUGCAGGAAACGGCCGAUCGCCUCUGCCAGGAGAACCACCCGGCCAAGCAGACGGUGGAGGCUUACAGCGCCGCCCUGCUGACCCAGUGGGAGUGGGUCAGACAGUUGUGCCUUUGUGUGGAGCAGCACCUGAAAGACAAUGGCACCUAUUUCCAGUUUAUGAGCGACGCGAAGGAGUGUGAGAGUUACCUGCGGCAGCUGCAGGACAGCAUCAAGAGGCAGUAUACCUGCGACAAGAGCAGCCGCCUGGGCAAGCUGGAGGACCUGCUGCAGGACUCCAUGGAAGAGAAGGAGCAGCUGAUUGAGUAUCGCAGCACUGUGGCCAGCUUGGUAGGCCGGGCGAAAACGGUGGUGCAGUUGCGGCCGCGGGGUGCUGACAGCACCCUGCCCACCACAGCCACGCCCAUCCGCGCCAUCUGUGACUACCGGCAGAUUGAGAUCACCAUCACCAAGGGAGAGGAGUGCGUCCUGGAGGAUAUCUCCCAGCGCACCAAGUGGAAGGUCAUCAGCCCCAAUGGCAACGAGGCCAUGGUGCCCUCCGUCUGCUUCACCGUCCCGCCGCCGAACAAGGAGGCCAUCGAGAUAGCCAGCAGGACCGAGCAGCUCUACCAGAAUGUGAUGGCCCUCUGGCACCAGCUGCAUGUCAACAUGAAGGCCGUGGUGUCCUGGCAUUACCUGCAGAAGGACAUCAGGGCCAUCUCUUCAUGGAACCUGGACACGGUGCGCUCCCAGUCCGCGGAUGACAGGCGGCAGGCUCUCGACCACCUGGAGUCUCACCUAUCUGACUUCCUGGCGGACAGUCGGGAGAGCCCCCUGUUCACCCCUGCGGAGCGCUGGGACCUGGAGAAGGAGGCAGAGAACAGCCGCGCCCACUGCCAGGCUCUCCUGAUCUCCAUGGAGACCGUGGAGAAGGACGAGUCCGUGUCCCGCGCCUACCUGUUAGAGCUGGAGAACAUCAAGCGGCACCUGGAGGGUGCGGAGCAGCGACUGAAGAAGGGCAUACAGGCCCCGCCCCCUGGCAGUGCCAGCAGUGACGCGGCUGACAAUGCCAUUCACAUUGCGGAGGCGGAGCGGCUGCAGCAGGAUCUGGGUGGCCUCCGCUCGGACCUGGGCGACGUGUCCCGCCGUUGCCUUGGGUUCUUCCAGGAGAAGCCGAGCUCCUCCAGUGUGCCGGUGCUGCGUACUCAGCUGGGCCUCACCGUGGAGCAGAUGGAUCGGGUGCACGCGCUGUCCUCCGUCUACCUGCACAAGCUGAAGACGGUGGACGUGCUCAUGCGGAGCUCACAGGCCGCUGAGAGCCUGGUGAAGAAGUAUGAGAGCCGGCUGAGUGAGGAGGACAUGGUCCCGGCUGACAUUAAUGCCAUCCAGGCCCUACGGGACCAGCUGGCGAGGUGGCAGUCUGAACUGGGCCAGCACGAGGUGGUCUUCCAGGCCCUCGCUGACGAGGUCCGCCGAGCCCAGGAAGCUGCGACCCAGUUUCGGCAGCUGCAUCCGGAACACAGCCCCGAGCUGGAGAGGUACCAGGAAAGGGCGGCCCAGCUGGCUGAGAGGUGGGCUGGUGUACACAGACAGAUCGAGACCCGGCAAGUGGACCUGGAGAUGCUCGGUUCUGUUCUGCAGCAGUACCGGCAGGGUCACUCGGCGCUGAUCCACUGGAUCGAGGAGACUACAGAGAGGCAGGAGAACACGCAGGCCGGACAGACGGACAGCAGGGUGCUCUCGGAGCAGCUGGCCCAGCAAACGGCCCUUGUUGCUGAAAUCGAACAGAACCAGGUGAAGCUGGAUGAGUGUCAGACGCACUCCAAGCAGUACAGCACCGCAGUGAAGGACUAUGAGCUGCAACUGAUGACGUACAGAGCCUUUGUGGAAUCCAACCGGAAGUCACCGGUGAAGAGGAGGAGGAUGCAUUCUUCAUCAGAUGCCAUCACACAGGAGUUCAUGGACCUACGCACACGGUACACGGCCCUGGUGACGCUGACCACGCAGCAUGUGAAGUACAUCAGCGAUGCGCUGCGGAGGCUGGAAGAGGAGGAGAAAGAGGUGGAGGAAGAGAGACAAGCCAGGGUGGGCCAGGUGGCUGACCUGCUCUGCUGGACGAAGGGCCUUGAAGAGCGUUCAGGGGCCAUCGGGGGUCCGAAGGCUGGAGAGCCGGGAUCUGCUAUGUCGUCACUGGCCGCACAGCAGGCCAUUAGUGAGCAGCUCGCUGCCAGGAAAGAGGAGGUGGCAGAAGCCAUCAGGAGCACAGAGGUCUUCCUGCUCUCCAGGCAGGCCAGCAAGCUGUCAGAGGAGGAGCGCGCCCAUGUGACGGCCCAGCUGGAUGAGCUGAAGGACACCUACAACCAGUUAUGCCAGAGUGCUGCCACCCAGCAGCAGCAGCUGCAGCAACAUCUGGCCAAGGAGGAAGAGCGCAAGAGCCAAGUCGCCAUUGCUGGAGUGAUUGAUCUGGCCACAGUGGAAACCUUCCCAGUGUUUGAGGCAGCGCAGCGUGGCCUCAUAGACCAGGAUACCUGUCGCACUCUACUGGAAGCCCAGCUUGUGAUGGGCGGCCUAAUCAUGCCCGACUCCCAAGAAAGCCUCUCUCUACAGGAGGGAUUGGCUGAAGGCCUGAUUAACAGCCCUACUGUCCAAUUGUUGUCAGAAUUGGAGGAGGUCCUGCACCUUGUGGACAAAUCAGAGCUAAGAAAAGGCCCGAUAGUCCCAGUUGCUGCUGCAAUGGAGGAAGGGCUCAUCCGUGAGGAGCUGGGACUGCGGAUUCUGGAACUCCAGCUGAGUUUUGGUGGAGUGAAGGAGUCAUCCAAGGGGGAGCAGCUGGGCCUGGAGGCGGCAGCAGACAGAGGCCUGCUCCCGGCCCACAUCCAUGGCAAGCUGCUGGCACGCUCACAGCGACGGGAGCUGAUCGACCCCAACACGGCGGAGAAGCUCAGCCUUUCUGAGCUUAACCAGCGCUGUGUCACAGACCCGGAGACUGGGCUGCACCUGCUGCCUGUCAACCAGCAGCCAGGGGGCACCGUGUGCCUGCGUUCUGGCAGGAGGGUGGGGAUCUUCCGUGCGGUGCAGGAAGGCCUGAUCGAUCGUCAGGUGACCGUACGGCUGUUGGAGGCCCAGCUCUUUGCGGGAGGAAUCACAGACCCACGCUCUGGACACCGCCUGACGGUCGACGAAGCCGUCCGACACGGUCUGAUGGAUCAGGAUCUUGCUUGUGCGAUACUGACCCGCCAGCUACGAGCCGGUGGACUGUUGGAUCCAGUUACUGGGGAGCGCCUAGGCAUUGACGAGGCUGUUGAGAGAGACCUGCUUGCCCCCCGUAUGGCCUUGCUGGUACUGGAGUCCCUCUGGGCUUUCAUGGGCCUUUUGUGGCCUGAAUCCGGUGAGCUCUUGCCUUUAUCCGAGGCUUUACAGCAAGGCAUGAUCCCAGGAGAGUUAUCUAGGUGCAUCCUGAGCAAGCGGCAUGCUAUCGGAGCUCUCUACCUUCCUGAAACUAGCCGUGUGGUGCCCCUAGAUCAGGCGAAAGAGGCUCUGACACCUAGCGUGGUUGAGAUCUUGCAAGAGACUCAGAUCCCUGAUGUGCUUCCCAGUAUGACAAAUUCUGGAUCUCCUACUCUCAACCGCCUGAGCUGGGGUUCUACCUCCUCAUCUCCAUCCUCCUCUUCACCCCCUGCAUCCCCCAAGGACCUCAAGUUCGAUCCAACUUUUCUGGAACAGGCAGGUCCAGGAGAAAAGGCCCAACAUCGCCUGCUCUUCCACCUCAUGACCCACAGCUAUGUUGAUGCUCACUCUGGUGAACGCUUCGUGCUGUUGGAGCCAGAGCUGGCAGAACUUGCCAUUGCCACUAGGUCAACAUCAGAUGUUGGGGAAAACCAAGAAGCAGAAUCAAAAAGCAAUUUGGCGAUUGAGCUUCAGACUAAAGAGCAACAGGGAGUUAAGCAUUCCAUGACUGAUAUGCAAGAACAGAUCAGCACAGACCUCUUGGGUAUUGAGGAGGAAUGUACUGUCAAAGAAGACUGUACCCUUAAAGCUGAGGAAUAUGACAGAUUGGUUUCCCUGCAAAAGCAGCUCUCUGUGGACGAGGAGAAAGAUCCUGGCCCUGCAGCACAGACUGAGACGUACAGUAUAGAACUAUCAGACACUCAGGACCAAAUUAACCCUGGUGAUGUGGCUUCAAAGCUAAACCAAAUGAAAAAGGAUAAAACAAUCAGUGUGAAUGAAGUAGAAAUGGAAAAGAGUGUUCAGAAAGAAGUUGAUACAAGUAUAAAAUCAGUCAAGUUUGAAGGGGUGGUAUCUCCUACUACGGAAUGCCGAUCCUUUACACCAUUGGACUUGGAGACAAAGGAGCAGGCAGAGUCCCAUUUAGACUCGAUUGAACUUACCUUGGUAGAUAAAGAUGUGGUCGGGUAUAAUAUGGCCUCUCUCAUAGAAGAUUUCCAGUCUGAUAUACCAGACAUGAAAAAAGAACUGGAACUACAUUCUGAUGCCAUAAAGACAGUGAGCAGUCUUUCUGCUAGUGAAUUCAGUCUCCCAACAGUGGUUGUAUCUCAGCCCUCUGACAGGACAAGCACAGAAUGUGUGCAAACAAACAUGAGGAUGGAUCGAGAUGUUCCAGUGAAGGCAAGACAGAGUGACAACCUUGAUAGAUUGGUGGAGGAUGAUGAGAUACAGGGGCAUGAAGAGUGUAUCACACACACCAAGACAGAGAUUGCUCCUCUUGAGAAAGGGGAAUCGGACAGUGCCAUGAGAGCAGAAAUGCAGGAAGUGAACCCUCAGGCUGCCCAUAAAGACACCUGUCAGGAAAUCCAAACCGCAGAUCUCGAGGAGGAAAAAUGUCUGGAUGAAGUCGACGUGUUAAAGACCGCUCCUCUAGCCCUGGACACCAAAACGAUGGGAGUCAGAGAGUCACAAAACGAAACUCUGAUGGAGCAGAGCACUCAGGCCCAGCCAGGUCCACAGAAAGCUAUAGAAGACAGUGACGGCGGAGACCAGGACUCAGGAGAUACUGAUAGUCACAUGCUAGAGGAAAGCUUUGGAAAACCAGACAAGGUGGAUGCAGAACUAGAGAGGCUAGUGGGGGAGCUGCAGGAAGGUGGCCUGAGGACUGAGGAUGGAGAGCGACUGCUUCUGGAUGAAGCCGUUGCCCAGGGUGUGCUUCCAGGGCACACAGCGGUCAGGCUGAUGGAGCGGGCUGGGCUCUUUGGGGGAUUCCUGGAUGCAAGAACCUGCGAGGUCCUAAGCAUAGAUGACGUGGUACAAGAGGGCCUGCUGGACGAGAGCCUGAUGCUGAGUGUGCUCAAGUCAGAGAAGACACUGGCCGGCGUGGCGGAUGUGGGCCGAGGUCAGCUGUGCUCGCUGCGGGACGCCACCCAGGCCGGGCUUCUCGAUCCUCACACUGCAUUCCGGCUCUUGGAGGCUCAGGUGGUGUCAGGGGGUGUGGUGGACUUGCGACGGGGUAAGAAGGUGUCUGUCACCCUGGCCUCCAACCUGGGACUGAUUGAGGAGGAUCAGAUGGAAGGUCUGACUACCCUGGAGAAAUCCUGUAGGGGAAAGAGUUCAGACCCUAAGGUAGCCCUCACUAAGGUUUCACUGCAGCUGCAGUUGGAUGGGAUAGUAGAUCCCAAAACCAGACAGCCUGUGGGCAUGGAACAAGCCUUGAAAAAGGAACAUCUGACACAGGAAGUGGCACGACAGGUUCUCCUCCAGCAGGUAGCUGAGGGUGGUAUUGUGCACCAUGGCUCUAGGGUUCGGCUCUCUGUGGCUGAUGCCUUGCAGAGAGGCCUGGUGGACAAGAGUAUAGCUGAGGAGCUGAAGGAGUUUGAGAGGGAAUGUCACAGGUUUCCUAGGCUGGAUCCCAAGGUAGCUCUUCUGCAGGCUUCCACUGGGGCUGUGCCUGACCCUGCCUCUGGGAACAAACUGACAUUGACUGAGGCCAUGUCUCGAGGAUUUCUGGAUGAUGUCACGGCAGAAUUGGCGAUGGCUUCACCCACGGUGACCCAAGGCAUUCUUGACCCCCAAAGUGCUCAGAUUGUGCCCUACUUGGAGCUUGUCAAUCAAGGAAAAAUCGACAUUGAGACAGGCAGGCGCUUUCUUGAGGUGCGGCCCUUCAGUGGUGUCCGGGACAUGCGUACAAAUCAAAUUUUGACAGUACAUGAAGCACUAGAAGCGCAACUGGUUGACCCAGUACCGGCACUGAGACUGUUACAGAGUCAGGCAGACUCAGGUGGUAUUGUUGAUAUCAAGACAGGGGUGCGGGUCUCCCUUGCAGAAGCUGUUAGGAGGGGCUUAGUAGGAGAAGAAAUGGCUAAGUUAGUUGAGGAGAAGAUGGGUGGUGUGCUGAACCAAGCCACUGGGGAUCAAGUUUGUAGUAUGAUGGGGGGCAUCGACUCUGGGCUCAUCACCAGUGAUAUAGCUACAGACAUCCAGGACAAAGUAGAAGCUGAAGAGAAGACAGCCUAUGAAGAGGCAAAGCAAAAGCCACCGCUAAGCCCUACCAUUGGAACCACUGCUUCUCUAUCAACAAUGAGGUCACCUGAUCACAGCUGCACACUUAUACAGCUGGUUGAGGAGGAAACCCCUGACCAGUAUAUAGCAAACACAGAAAACCCAUAUGACCGAUUAAUGGUCACUAAAACCCAGACAGAGAAGAUGGCACCAGAUACAUAUGAGCCCUCAAGACUGCUCACAACCUAUGAACCGGAUGAAUGUGAAGGUGAAGGGGAAGACCAAAGUUUAAUUGCUUUCACACACAGAGAGGUGCUAACAGUAGAAAAGUCAGUGGAUAACAAGGUAGGAAAACAUUCCAUGGAAGGAAUGAAUGUAGAGAAAACAACAUUACAAGAGGCACUGUGGGAGACAGAACCUCAGUCCAACUUGACACUUGAAAAUGAAUCACCUUCCAGUUCUACUAGUGCUCAUCUGGAACAGGAGGGAUCCAGAAAUAACAGAGAGAGUGUAUCUUGGCCCCAGAGUGGGUCAGUGACUCGCUUUAGCAGAGAUACUACUGAGGGAGAAGAAGCAAAUGAACAGAUGAGUAUGAUAGUGUCGCAGCAUCAGUGGGCCUUGGAUCCUUUGGAAGAUGAGGAACAUUUGGGGAAUCAACAGAUCCCAGACUCUGAAGGGUCUACGCAUGCCACACAAGCUCCUCUGCAAGGAAGUAAGCAAAGUGCCAUAGUGGACAACCAGCAGGAAGACAGAGAGGUUGGCCAGAGGACAGAGGUUUACAGGAACAGGAGUCCUGAACAUGGAGCCAUUGCUGAUUCAAGUUUUGUAGAGGUUGAGACCAUGUCACACACGUUAGAUGAAUCAGAAAGUGGGAGUAGGAGGGACAGAAGUGAAAAGGAGUGUAGAAGGAUGGAUGAAGAGGCAACUAAAGCUGAGGACUGUCAGAGAGCUGAUGGAAGAUCAAUCAAGACAUCACUUAGAAAACUGGAAAAGAAGGAGCUUUCAGACAGGACAGGCAUGAUGCAACAGCGGACAGAGGAGGAGUCAAGGGAGGAAGGCCAGGCCCAAAUCAGAGGUCAGACGAUUGUAGAACCAGUCGGUGAGCCAACUGUUCGAUCACUGGAGCUUUGCAGUGCAGGGCAGAAUGAAGUGACUCGUAGGUUUGAAGGAGAAGAGCAGGAAGAAAUCAUACAAGGCGACAGAGACCUGAAUGUGCAACAGCAGAGUGAACACCGAGCAGCUGGUGAUGGUUUUGUUUCCGAGGAAACACUGGGGUACGAAGUCGGGACAGAUACCAGACUGGAGACAGUAGACCUUCAGACAGAGCAACAGUUGCAGGGAGAAUGUCAAGGUGUGAUUGAAGUGAUCCAGAAGGUGGCGCCAGCAGCCAGUGAGAAAGAGGCACUUCUGCUGAAGGCAAGAGAGAGCAUUUUGAGGAAGGUAUUCCAGCGUGAGGUGAGUGAAAAGCAGGCUGCUGAGGAGCUGAAGGGACUGCACAGGGCACCGUGGAGGGCGGGUGACCCUGCCGGCCUCCGGGAGGGCGGCAACAGUGAGAAGUGGCCACAGGAGAACGAAGCUGACAGCACAAGUCAGUCAGAACAGACUGUGGCCACGGAGGGCCAGAUGGAGGGAGGUGCCCAGGAUGUUAGUGGAAGCAAAGAGGAACAACAAGCUGCAGAAAGCACCAGCAGCUCAGAGGCCGUGAAGGCCAUAUCAUUAGACAUGCUGUCAUGCGAUUUAACAGUCCAAGGGCAGGAGCUGACAGGAGGGGGCAAAGUGAGUGAUACUGAGCAGAGCGUGAUGCUCACCUCCACAGGAAGUCCAAAGGAAAGGGUUCAUACUGAAGAGCUGAGACCUGCCAUAUCUGCGGCAGUGAGUGGAGAAGGGCCUCCAGUGAGUCUGCCAAGGGGGGCCAUGCGAGAGAGCCCGCCUGAAGUCGAGCCUGAGGCACCAAGCGCUGCCUUGGGGGAGGGUGCCGAAGAUGAGCCUGCUGGACAUUCGCUCAGGCCCAGGGCAGAUCUGGAAGGUCUGAUUCAUGUGGGGCAAGAAGUCGUCACAGGUGAAUAUGGAGCAGAUCAUUCACAGAUGCUCCAUGGAGAAAUAAAGCCAGGUGACAACCAAAGCGAUUACCAUGGGGACUGCCAGAGUGUGGAGGCCUCCCAGCUCAUAAUGUCCUCCGAACUGAACCAACUGGAGGCGACCAUAAAAGCUGACAUUGCAGAAAGCCGGGAGAAGGCAGAGCUAGACGAGGGUCUGCAAGCAGAGAGCGACAUGGAGUGCGAGGCUGUAACAUCCCCAGAGAGAAAUGAGGUGGCCACUUCUAAAAUAAGCAAGUCCUCAUUGGUUCGUCAGGAGUGUCUGGAGCAUGACCAGCGGAUCGUGGCCCUGCUUUCCAUGGUGCGACAUAUAGAGGUUCGUCUAAAACAGCAGCAGCAGUCAGGUGACCACAGCCUCAGCAACCUUGAUGCCAUCAUCAGGCAGACCCAGGCAUUGGAUGUGGAGCUGUCUGAUUUAGAAAUGGAGGUAACCCAGGAAGUGGAGGCUUCAAGAUGCUUGCUUGAGUCCCGUCCCCCGGAAGUCCCACCUCAGCUUUUAUUGGCCCUUGAGAAGGAUGGGCGGAGCUUGGUCAAAGCAUAUGCGUCUGCAAGAGAAUUGUCACAGAGCACUCUGCAGUUGCUUCAGGCACAAAGAGAUUCACGCCAGGGGGCAAUAAGUGAUCAGCUGCAGGCCCUGACUACCAGGAUGGACGCCUUCCAGCAUUGGCUGGAAUCAAACAGGUUAGAGACGUAUGAGCAGACUGAUGGAGCAGACGGCGCCCCUGCUCAGCUUGCACCGGAACUGCAGCAGUGCAAGGAGCUCCAGCAGCUGCUCUCUGGCCGCUCUGCAGACAUCAGCUCUGUGGCGCUGGACGUCCAGGUGUUUGUCUCUGAGCAUGCCCGUGACCUGCCACCUGAACAGAGCAGGCACAUCCUCGGGCAGCUACAGUGUCUGCAGGGAUCCUUCCACCAAGCUGUGGGUCAUGUCCACGCCCGAGCCGACGCCCUGGUCGCCCAGCAGGAACGGGAAUCGGAAACUGAAAGAGAACGAGAACGUGCGGAGCGGGAGCAAGAGAGGGAGAGGCAGCGAGCCAGGGAGAGAGAGGUCGUUCAGCAGCAGAAGGCAGAAUGUUCCGAGAAGCUGAAAGGCCUGGCUACCUGGUUGGCCGGAGCCACUGGUGCUCUAGCCAAUCAGAUGGUUGGGGCAGAGCCUGGCAGCAUUGGUGCGCUGGAGAAGAAACAGAAGGAACUCAAGGGAGUGCAGCGUGACCUGCAGGCCAAAGGAGACAGAGUCUCAGAGACUGUGCGUGGAGUGGAGGAGUUCUUGACAGAGAGUGGUGACAGCCUGAGUCCAGAGGAGAGGGCCAACCUGCAGCAGAUGUUGGGCCAGGUGCGAGAGCAGUACGGCUCCUUGACCCAAUCCGCCCAGUCGUCCCUGGUCCAGCUAGACUCCGCCAUCAGCACUGCUGUCCAGCAGCAUACCCAGAGGGAGAAGGCAGUUGAGGAACUGCAGGUGACCCAUGGGAAGAUCAGCACCCUCCUAGAAGAGCUGUCAUCUGCACCCAGCCCUAAGCUGACCACAGGGGGCAUAACACAGACUGAUGGCCUGUCUUCCAUGCAACCUGAGAGCGCCUUACAUUGUCACCAUGACACGCUCCAGGCCGAGCUGAGGGGUCUGCAGACGCAGCAGGAGCAGCUACUGAAGGUGUCGCAGUCAGUGCAUGCACUGCUGGAGCAGCCAGACUCCAGCGUGCCUCCGGAGGAGAAGCAGCGCCUGCGCACAGCCCUGGAGCGGCUACAGCUGCAGCAUCAGGAGCAACAGCGCAACUGCCAGGAGCAGCUGCGGCGCGCUGAGGUGCUGGGGGACGAGCUGGCCAAAUUCCUGCAGGAGCAUGGGCAGCUGGCUAGCUGGCUGGAGACGAGCGAACGGGACCUGCAGGCCCUGGGGGAGGGCGAGUCCAACCCCCGGGAGCUGGACCGCCGGCUGGAGGAGCACAAGAAGCUGGCCGAGGACGUGAUCUGCCACAAGGCGGAUCUGCGCUUCGUCUCCAUCUCGGGCCAGAAGGUCCUGGACUCCGUGCAGGGAGCCCGGGAAAGGGUCGGGGCAGCAGAGCCGGCGCUGGAGCAGACGCAGCAGCUGGUCAGCGAGCGCAUGCAGGACGCCACGCGGCGCUACACGGCCCUGCAUAGCAAGUCUUCCGAUCUGGGUACCCGGCUCGCUCGGGUCCUGGACCAGUACCAGCAGUACCAGGAUGAGGCGGGCUCCUUGGAAUCGUGGCUGACCACGCAGGAGAAGAACCAGGCCGCGGUCGGACUGGGAGGCGAGCAGACGGACGCGCGGACGCUGCAGCACGCCCUGCACGCUGUGCAGCUCCUGCAGGAUGAGAUGGCGGAGCGCUCCCUGCAGCUGGAGAGAGUGCGGCGGGCAGCCAGAGAGCUGGCGGAGAGGCGGGACCCCCCCACGCUGAGGCCGGCUGACAUCGCACACACCGCAGAUGUCCUGGAGGGUCGCUUUAGCACCCUCUCGAAGUCCGUGUCACUGCAGGCCGAGCAGCUGCAGACAGCUGUUGCCCAGUCGCUUAGCGCCCAGGAAGGCCUCCGGGGCCUGCUCUCCUGGCUGGACGGCCUUGCUUUGGCCCCCGGUCCCAGCCAGCCCACCGCCCAGGCCGUGCAGGACGCCCUUGCUCAGAACCAGAAACUCCGACAGGAGCUGCUGUCACGGCAGGGCAGCAUAGACGCCAUGCAGGAGUCGGUGUCCAAGCUGCUCCAGAGCGCCGACUCCACAACGGCCUCCGGCCUGCAGGGGGUGCUGCAGGAUCUCACCCGACGCUAUUCUGCGGCUCAAGCCACGCAGGCUGAGAAAGAGGUGGAGCUGCGUGGCCUGCUGCCCAAGUUGGAGAACUAUGAGCGACUGAGCAGCGACCUGCAGAACUUCAUCCGAACGCGGGAACGAGCGCUGAGUCCCGGUGGGCAGCCAGAUCGCAGCAUGGAGGAUUACAGACAGGCGAUAGCGGAAGUGAGGGAGGAGCUGAACCAGGAAGUAGAUCAGCUGAAGUGCCUGUCCGAGCUUGGAAAGGACCUCAGCCAGUCCACGGCCCUCGCCAAUGGACAGGCUAUCCUGAACACUCUCAAGAUGGUGUCCGAGGAUUUUGCCCGACUAGAAUCCAGCGUCAAUCAGAGAUCCAGUGCUGUCCAGAGUUGUGGGCAGCAGCUAGUGCUGUUCAAUUCUCUCUCUGGCGCCCUCCUCAGGUGGCUUCAGACAGUGCAAGAACAGCUGCCAACAGAGGAACCCAGCCUUGACACUGAAGAACUGCAGAGGAGAGUGGAGAGGCUGAAGGAGCUGCUCUGUGAGUGGGAGGUGCGGGGGCCGCAGGUCCAGGAGCUGAAUCAGAUUGGGUCUGAGCUCGAGACGUCAAUCAUUAAAAUCACUUCCCCCCAGAACAAGACUGGUCCUGCCCAGCUAAGUGGUGACUCAGGCAGCCCAAGCAGCGUAAACGGCAUCCACACCUGCCAAGACCUGACACAGAUCCAGGUGGCGCUGGCAGACGUGGGUAGCGAGUAUGAGCGACUGGGUGCAGAACUGCGGUUGCGGCUGCAGCGGCAGGGAGAUGCGCUGGACCUGCGGCGGAAGGCGCGGCGUGAGGCUGAGGAGCUGGGCUGCUGGCUGGGCGAGCGCGAGCGCAGCUUUACAGCGACGCCGGGGACGGCUGUCUCCCCCUCCCGGCCUGAGGUGGUACGUGCCCAGGCCCAGGAGAAUAAGGCCCUGAUGUCUGAGCUGGAGCAGCGUUCUGGGAAGGUGCAGGAGCUGAAGUGCACGCUUCAGGAGCUGAUUGCUCAGAACCCAGACUCCCCUGAGGCGGAGGUGUGGCGAGAGCAGCUCAGGAACAUCGACUCACUGUGGGAGAGAGCCAAUCGGAAGGCGGCAGAUAGGCAGGCGGAACUGGAGACCUGUGCCGACCGGCUGGGCAGCUUCGCGGUGGCAGCCGGCCAGCUGGGCCCCUGGCUGCAGGAGAAGGAGCUGAUGAUGGGUGUGCUGGGGCCCCUGAGCGUCGACCCCAAUAUGCUGAGCACGCAGAAGCAGCAAGUGCAGAUCAUGCUGCGGGAGUUUGAGACGCGCCGGCCGCAGUUUGACCAGCUGACCCGAGCGGCAGAGGGCAUCCUGUGCCCAGGUGGCGAGGAGGCACAGGAUCAGGAGGAGGUGCGGGAGCAGCUGAGCACCGUGUCACGGCAGUGGGCCGAGCUGACGGAGCGCUUGUCCCGCCGCUCCGAUGACAUCGAUCGCGCCCAAGCGGCCAGCCAGCGGUACCAGGCGGCACUCCGGGAGCUGGCAUCCGGCGUGGCGGUGCUCGGCACAAAGUUGGAUGCUCAGGCCUCACCCAGUAGCCGGCCAGAGGCGCUGCGUCGCCAGCUGCAGGAGACCAGCGAGCUGCGGGCCCAGCUGGAGAGGCAGCGGGCCCAGCUAGGCCAGGCCGAGGAGCUGUGCCAGGAGCUGAGCGCCAUCGUGGCUGAGCCGUACCUGCGGGAUGAGCUCCGCAAAAGGCUGGAGAGCGUGAGCGCCCCCCUCAGGAGCCUGGAGGAGAGAGCGGCUGAUGGCCUGUCACAGCUGCAGGCUGCUCUCUGUAGCACACAGCAGUUCCAGCAGAUGUUCGAUGAGCUGCGCAGCUGGCUGGAUGAGCAAGUCCCUGAGCAGGCCCGUGAGGUGGGGGCGUGGCCUGUGGCCGACGACGCCCUGCCCUGCCAGCCAGAGGCGCUGCGGGCGCUGCUGUCGCAGCAGGAGCAAGCCCAGCGGGGGCUGGCACAGCAGCGCGGCUCCUAUGACCUCAUCCAGGCCGAAGGUGCCACCCUGUUGGCUUCGUUGCCCUCCGGUGGUGAGGAGAGGGUGGCACUACAGGCCAGUCUCAGUGCCUUGAAGCGGGACUGGGAAGCCAUGAACCAGCGUAGUGACAAGCGCAAGGCCCACCUGGCUGAGGCACUGGCCCGCGCCGAUCUGUUCCAUCAGCACCGGGCCGAGUUAGAGCCCUGGGUGGAGGACUGCGAGAGGCGGGAGGCUGAGAUUCAGCCCUCACUUGAGCCAGCUGCACUGGAAGACGGCCUGCAAAAGGCUCGCCAGCUGACUCUGGACCUAGAACGCCGGCGCCCCCUGCUGGAGGCACUGAACGUGGCAGCCGACCAGCUGGUUGAGAUAUGCCGGGUUGGUGAGGAGGAGGUGCGCGACGCAAAGGCAGCGCUGAACCGACGCACCGAUGGCCUGGAGGAGCGGCUGCAGGGCCGCACAACGCAGCUGGAUGAGCUGGCUAGCCGUCUGCGGGAGUUCGAGGAGGGCCGGCAAGCCGUGGAGAGGCGGCUGGACGCGGCCCGGCACCAGGUGGAGGUCCAGGAGGCGCUGGGGCCCCAGGCAUGCAGCAACAAGAGCCUGGAGAGGCUGCGGGCCCAGCAGGAGGCGCUGUGUUCUCUGCAGCCACAGGUGGCCUACCUGCGUGACUUGGCCGGCGGACUUGUACUUGACGCACCGGGCAGCACCAGCGAGGGGCGGCUGCGGCUGGAAGGAAAGGCACAGGAGCUAGAGAAGGAGUUUGGGGACAUGGGUGAGAAGAUGGAGCAGUGCUGCUCGUCUCUGGAAGCGCGGCUGCAAGGCGUGGGCGAGGUGCAGGCGCGCGUGCGGGAUGUCUUCUCGCGCCUGGCCGAGCUGGACGACGAGCUGGAUGGGCUGGGUCCGGCGGGCCGGGAUGCAGACUCACUGGCCUCCCAGGCGGAGGCGGCACGCAGCUUCCUGGUGCGGCUGGCGGCGCUGCGAACAGAGCUGGACGCCCACGGGGCUGACUGCGCCAGCAUGCUGCGGCGGGAGGGCAGCUCGCCGGACCUGCUGGCGCUGCGGCGCGAGGCCGAGGCCCUGGGCAGGCAGGCCGCCAAGCUGACGGAACGGGGGCAGGCACGGCUGGCCCAGGUAGAGGAGGCCGCCCGCCGCGUCCGCGAUUUCUACAGCCGCCUGGCAGAGCUGCAAGAGUUGCUGGGCCGCGCCGAAGAUGGGCUGGCUGCGCAGGGCACCGUGGGCACCGAGGUGGAGGUCAUCCGGCAGCAGCUGCACGACUUCAAGGCAGUUGAGCGGGAGCAAGUAGACAGCAUCCAGCCCCGACUGCAGCAGGUAAACGCCGUGGGCCAGGGCCUGAUCCAGAGUGCGGCCAAGGACACAGACACGCAAGCACUGGAACACGACCUGGAUGCCACCAACCUGCGCUGGAACUCUCUCAACAAACGGGUGGCGGAGCGCAUCACACAGCUGCAGGAGGCCCUGUUGCAUUGUGGGAAGUUCCAAGAUGCCCUCGAGCCCCUGCUAAGCUGGCUCAGUGACACGGAGGACCUGAUAGCAAAUCAGAAGCCCCCGUCAGCUGAGUACAGGGUGGUCAAGGCUCAGAUACAGGAGCAGAAGCUGUUACAGCGACUCCUGGACGACCGGCGGGGCACGGUGGAGAUGAUUCAAGCCGAGGGGGAGCGCAUCGCCGCUACCGCCGAACCUCAUGACCAGGACAAGAUCCGCAAACAGCUGGAGAGCCUAGGAGAGAGGUGGAGCCAGCUGCUGGGCAAGGCCGGCGCUCGGCAGCGGCAGCUGGAGGAGCUGCAGGUUCUGGCACUGCAGUUCCACGAGGCUGCGGAGCCGCUGGGAGAGUGGCUGAGUGCCACCGAGCGACGCCUCAACACCGCUGAGCCCAUGGGCACCCAGACCGCCAAGAUCACUCAACAGAUCGCACGCCACAAGGCCCUCCACGAGGAGGUGCGUUCCCGGGAGGCCGAGAUGAAGCGGCUGGAGGCCCUGGGGGCGGCGCUGGGCCCACUGAGUAGCCGGGCGGACCGCGAGUGGCUGGCAGAGCGUGUGGGGGCGGCACAGGGGGGCCACGGCGAGCUGCUGGAGCGCUGUGCGAGGCGCGCCACCCUGCUGGAGCAAGCGCUGGCCAACGCGCAGCUCUUCGGCGAGGAGGAGGUGGAGGUGCUCAACUGGCUGGCGGAGGUGGCACAGAGGCUGGCGGAGGUGGAAGUGCAGGGCUACCAGCCUGAGCAGCUGGGAGAGCUGCACAAAUACACCCUGUCUCUGAAUGAGGAAAUCCUGAGCAGGAAGAAGACGGUCGACCAGGCCAUUAAGAACGGACAGGCUCUGCUGAAGCAGACCACAGGUGAGGAGGUUCUGCUGAUCCAAGAGAAGCUGGAUGGGAUUAAGAGUCGUUAUGCAGAGAUGACUGCCAGCAGCAGCAAGGCCCUCCGGACCCUUGAGCAGGCCCUGCAGCUGGCAACACGAUUCGCCACCGCCCAUGAAGACAUCAGCCAGUGGCUGGAGAGCGUGGAGUCAGAGCUGAACAAUAUGGAGCCGGACACCACGCCGGCCUAUCAGGACAGACAAAAAGAGCUGAAGUGCAUCUCAGCGGAGAAGCGGCUCAUUCUGGAUACGGUCAACGAGGUGGGCAGCGCUCUGCUGGACCUGGUGCCCUGGCGCGCUCGAGAGGGGCUCGACCGUCUGGUCGCCGAUGCCAACCAGCGCUACCGGCAAGCCGACGAAACCAUCACCCAACGCGUGCAGCUGGUGCAGGCCGCCAUCCAGAGGUCACAGCAGUAUGAGGAGGCCGUGGAUGCGGAGUUGGCCUGGGUAGGUGAGACGGAGCGCAAGCUGGCCUCCCUGGGGCCGCUGAGUCUGGAGCCUGACGUGACCGUGGCUCAGAUGCAGGUGCAACGCGCCUUCAAUAUCGACAUCAUCCGGCACCGCGACACCAUGGAGCAGCUGCUGCGCACGCAGCCUGUCGUGCUGGAGGCAUGCAACGAGCCACAGCGGGAGGCCCUCAAGGCCAAGACUGAAUCCCUGCACGUGCGCUUUGAGACAGUCAGCCAGAGUCAUGCCGAGCGCUUCUCAGCGCUGGAGCAGGCCCAGGCGCUCGUGGGCCGCUUCUGGGAGACGCACGACGAGCUGGAGCCCUGGCUGGGUGAGACUGAGGCGCUGAUCGCCCAGCUGCCACCGCCCGCCAUCGACUCGGAGACUCUGCGGCUGCAGCAGGACCAGAUGCGGCUUCUGAGGGAGUCCAUCGCCGAGCACAAGCCCCACAUUGACAAGCUGCUGAAGAUCGGUCCCCAACUGGCCGAGCUGAGUGCCCUGGAGGGGGCGUCGGUGAGACGGCGCUUCGCUGACACAGAGAGCCGCUAUCAGGCCAUCAAGGAGGAGGUCAAGGCCCGGGCCACCGCCCUGGACGAGGCCGUGUCGCAGUCUGCGCAGUUCCAUGACAAGAUGGACCCUCUCCUGGAGUCCCUAGAGGCAGCGGUCCAGCGCCUGAGACAGCCCCCUCCAGUUGCAGCAGAGGUGGAGAAGAUCCGGGAGCAGCUGGGCGAGCACCGUGCCUCGGGCCUGGAGCUGGACAAGCUGCUGCCUUCAUUCAGUGCCCUGUGUGCCCGUGGCGAGGAACUGAUGGCCCGUGCUUCACCAGAUGACCCAGCAGCCCAGGCGGUGCGCUCCCGCUUGCUGCGCCUGCGCUCCCUAUGGGAUGAGAUCCGGCAGCGGGCCGAGGAGCGGGAGAGCAAGCUGCAGGAUGUGCUGGACCUGGCUGGAAAGUUCUGGGCCGACAUGGCAGCGCUGCUGAGCACGCUGCGAGACUCCCAGGAGAUUGUGAAGGACCUGGAGGACCCUGGCGUGGACCCCUCACUCAUCAAGCAGCAGAUCGAGGCCGCAGAGGCUCUCAAAGGCGAGACGGACGGUCUACGAGAGGAGCUGGAGUUUGUGCGCACGUUGGGCGCUGACCUCAUCUUUGCUUGCGGGGAGACUGAGAAGCCGGAGGUCAAGAAGACCAUUGAUGAGAUGAACACCGCCUGGGAGAGUUUGAGUCGGACUUGGCGAGAGCGGAUGGAGAAGCUGGAUGAGGCCAUGUCUGCCUCGGUGCAGUACCAGGACGCCCUGCAGGGUAUGUUUGACUACCUGGACAACGCCGUGAUCAAGCUGUGUGACAUGCCCGCCGUGGGCACCGACCUGGGCACCGUCAAGCAGCAGAUCGAAGAGCUGAAGCAAUUCAAGGUAGAGGUGUACCAGCAGCAGAUCGACAUGGAGAAGCUCUGCCACCAGGGGGAGCUGCUGCUGAAGAAAGUGUCCGACCAGACGGACCGAGACAUGAUCCAGGAGCCGCUGACGGAGCUGAGGCACCUGUGGGACAACCUGGGGGACAAAAUCACGCAGAGACAGCACAAGCUGGAGGGGGCGCUCUUGGCUCUGGGGCAGUUCCAGCACGCCCUAUCAGAGCUGCAGUCCUGGCUGAGUCACACCCACGCCACGCUGGACACGCAGCGCCCGGUCAGCUCCGACCCCAAGGCCAUCGAGAUCGAGCUGGCCAAGCAGCACGUGCUGCGGAAUGACGUGCUCUCGCACCGCACCACCGUGGAGACAGUGAACGCUGCCGGCACCGAGCUGCUGGAGUCCGGGCCUGGUGAUGAGGCCGGCCACCUGCGCGAGCAGCUGGAUGCGCUCAAUCGCAGCUGGGAUGGCCUGCUACUGAAGAGCGAGGAGCGACAGAGACUGCUGGAGGAGGCACUGCAGCAGGCGGAGGGUUUCCAUGGCGAGCUGGAAGAGUUCCUGCAGUGGAUGCGGCGCACGGAGAGCCAGCUCUCGUCCGCCAAGCCCACCGGGGGGCUGCCAGAGACAGCAAGGGAGCAGCUACAGCAGCACAUGGAGCUGCAGGCCCAGCUGGCCCAGCGCUCGGACCAGUACCACCGACUUCUGGACCGUGGCGAGUCCAUGCUGCUGUCGAGGGGUGGCGAGGACGCCCCGGGGACCACCCAGACCCAGCAGAACCUGGCCCUGCUGCAGAACAAGUGGGCCGCCCUGAAUGGCAAGAUGGAUGACCGGCGGAUUAAGCUGGAAGAGGCGGUCUCCCUGGCGACGAGCUUCCAGACCUCCCUGCAAGACACCAUCAACUGGCUGACGCAAGCGGAGCAGACGGUGAACAUGGCGCAGCCCCCAAGCCUUAUCCUGGAGACGGUGCUGUCUCAGAUUGAGGAGCACAAGGUGUUUGUAAACGAGGUGAACACGCACCGGGAGCAGGUUCUGGCGCUGGAGAAGGCUGGCUCCCAGCUCCGCUUCGCCAGCCUCAAACAGGACGUGGUGCUGAUCAAGAACCUGCUGCUGAGCGUGCAGGCGCGCUGGGACAAGGUGGUGCAGCGCUCCCUGGACCGUGGCCGCCACCUGGAUGAGGCCCGCAAGAGGGCCAAGCAGUUCCAUGAAGCGUGGAAGAAGCUGAUCGACUGGCUGGAGGAGGCGGAGAGCCGGCUGGACUCAGAGCUGGAGAUCUCCAAUGAGCCUGACAAGAUCAAGGUGCAGCUGAGCAAGCACAAGGAGUUCCAGAAGGCUCUGGGAUCCAAACAGCCUGUGUACGACACCACGGUGCGGUCGGGCCGGGCCAUGAGAGACAGGACCACCCUGCCAGCUGAUGGACAGAAGCUGGAACACCUGCUGGGGGAGGUGCGCGACAAGUGGGACACUGUGUGCGGGAAGAGUGUGGAGAGACAGCACAAGCUGGAGGAGGCGCUGCUCUUCUCUGGUCAGUUUGCUGAGGCUCUGCAGGCACUGGUAGACUGGCUAUACCGCGUCGAGCCCCAGCUCAGCGAGGACCAGCCCGUCCACGGCGACCUAGACCUGGUAACCAACCUGAUGGACUCCCACAAGGCCUUCCAGAAGGAGCUGGGCAAGCGGACCAGCAGCGUUCAGGCGCUUAAGCGCUCGGCGCGCGAGCUGAUGGAGGCGGGCCGCGACGACACGGCCUGGGUUCGGGUGCAGCUGCAGGAGCUGAGCACGCGCUGGGAUACGGUGUGUGCGCUGUCCGUCAGCAAGCAGACCCGCCUGCAGGAGGCGCUCAAGCAGGCGGAGGAGUUCCGAAAUGCAGUGCAGCUGCUCCUGGAGUGGCUGUCGGAGGCGGAGCAGACACUGCGUUUCCGUGGCGUCCUGCCCGAGGAGGCGGAGACCCUGCGUGCGCUGCUGCAGUCGCACCGCGACUUUAUGCAGGCUGUGGAAGAGAAGCGGGCAGACAUCACGCGGACUGCCAGCAUGGGGGAAAGCAUCCUCACAGGCUGCCACCCUGACUCCAUCACCACCAUCAAACACUGGAUCACCAUCAUCCGUGCGCGCUUCGAGGAGGUGCUGACGUGGGCCAAACAGCACGAGCAGCGGCUGGCAGCGGCCCUGACCGAGCUGGUGAACAACGCCACGCUUCUGGAGGACCUGCUGUCCUGGCUGCAGUGGGCGGAGACCACCAUCUUACAGCGGGACACCGAAGCCCUCCCUCAGGACAUCACUCAGCUGAAAACACUGAUCACGGAGCAUCAGCUGUUCAUGGAGGAGAUGACGAGGAAGCAGCCCGACGUCGACCGCGUCACCAAGACCUACAAGAGGAAGCCCGCAGAACCGGCCAGCGGCAUCGCAGAGCGACGCGGAGCCCGCAAACAGCAGCAACAGCCGCAGCAACAGCAACAGCAGGCAGCGGUGCAGGUCACCGGGGGCAACCCGCGUCUCACCCAGCUCUGCUCCCGCUGGCAGCAGGUGUGGCUGCUCGCGCUCGACCGCCAGCGUAAGCUCAAUGACGCCCUCGACAGGUUGGAAGAGCUGAAGGAGUUCGCCAACUUUGACUUUGACGUGUGGAGGAAGAAGUACAUGAGGUGGAUGAACCACAAAAAGUCUCGCGUCAUGGACUUCUUCCGACGCAUCGACAAGGACCAGGACGGCAAAAUCACACGGCAGGAGUUCAUCGACGGCAUCCUGGCCUCCAAGUUUCCCACCAGCAAGCUGGAGAUGACAGCCGUGGCAGACAUCUUCGACCGCGAUGGAGAUGGUUACAUCGACUACUACGAGUUUGUAGCGGCACUGCACCCGAACAAGGAUGCCUAUCGACCAACCACCGACGCCGACAAGAUUGAGGAUGAGGUCACCAGGCAGGUGGCUCAGUGCAAAUGCGCCAAGAGGUUCCAGGUGGAGCAGAUUGGAGAGAACAAAUACAGAUUUGGAGACUCCCAGCAGCUGCGGCUGGUCCGCAUCCUCCGCAGCACCGUCAUGGUCAGGGUCGGCGGAGGCUGGAUGGCUCUCGAUGAGUUUUUGGUGAAGAACGACCCGUGCAGAGCUCGUGGGCGCACCAACCUGGAGCUGAGGGAGAAGUUUAUCCUGCCAGAGGGAGCGUCGCAGGGCCUGGCGGCCUUCCGCUCCAGAGGACGACGCUCCAAGCCCUCGUCCCGCACGGCUUCGCCCACGCGCUCCUCCUCCUCCGCCUCCCACAGUGCACACAGCUGCGCCUCGUUGCCCUCUGCCCCGGCCACGCCCACUGCCUCCUCGCGGGCCACCCACGCUCACUCCCGUAGCUCUGCCAGGCCCUGGCAGGCUUUCAGUAAAACUCCAGCGCAGUGCCAGUCCUGCCCAGAGCACAGCCCAACCCCCAAGCCGGAGGGGGCGUCGAAUUCUAAGCUGAAGAGGCCGACUUUCCACUCCAGUCGAGGUUCCCUGAGUGGGGAGAACGGGGGACAGGCUGGGACCAGUGCCACUAAGCCGGCCCGCACCGACACGAAGCGGACAACAUCGUCAGCGAGUGGGCCGGCGAGCCGGGCGGGCAGCCGCGCGAGCAGCCGGCGUGGGAGCGACGCGUCGGAUGCGUCGGAGCUGCUGGAGACGCGCUCUGCCUGUUCGGACACCUCGGACACGCCGCGGCGGCCCGGAACCAAGCCCUCCAAGAUACCCACCAUGUCCAAGAAGACACCCACUGGCAAGAAAUGAGAAAAAAAAAUAAUGAAAAAAAUAAACCUCCACACCAGCAGGGGGCACUGACAGCAAGCGGCACGUGCUGCAAAAAUGGCUGUAGUGGUGAGGCAUGUGUCUGAUGCAGUUACACACCCGCACGCACGCACACAUGUAAAGUGCACACUGGUAUCCACACCUCUGAGGAGAGCCCAAGCGUGCUAUAGAAUGUGCAGAAAUUCCCAGAAAAAGAGCCCGGCUUGGCUUCUCUGCCGCAGACUCUGUCCUUCCUUUCAUUUUUCUAGCCUGCACUGGUCUCCAGCAAACAACCACUGCUGCCCCCAGACCUCACCUGAAGCAGUGCUGACUAUCAGUGAUCGGCAUGAUGCUGCCUAAUUUGUUGUUUUUAGUUUUUAACCUCACCUGAAGUUAGGCGGCCCUUGGCCCACACACCUGUUGAGCUGCAGGGGGCGUGUUCUGGGAUGGGAGAGGCUGGACUGCUGGCUGAAUUGAGUUUGGACCAUGUGGACCCAGUCUCCAAGUUUGGGCCGGCUUUCCUCGGGGACCGGCACGCUCUCACCAGCAGGGGGCAGGACACUGAUGGACGAAUGCAGACCUUCCCUGCUGGGAUUUUUGUCGUUACAGGAAUGAGCAGCUAAGUAGCGACUGCCUCUGAAGCACACGCAGCCCCUGCACACACUGAGCAGCAGUGGUGAAAUGCCUUCUUGGCUCCAUUCUGCCCCCUGCAGGCUGCACGCCCUCUCUGGCCUCUAUUUGUGUGUAUGUGUGCCUGCGUGUGGCUGUAUUGUAAUGCUGAUUGUGUUGGCUGGGGUAUCUCAAUUUGGGAGAGAACAGACACAAUGCAAGUCCUCAUGAUUGCCUUUUAACUGGCAGUCUGUGGGUCACGAUUUAUUUUUUUUUUCCAAAUCGGUGGGAGUCGAUGGAGAUGUGCUUGUCUCUCACCACUGUAAGGGCACCACCUGCAGGAAGAGGAACAUGGACCAGGCAGGUGGCUCCUCAUAUGCAGGUGUCAGGUGUGACAUUGCCGGACACUGCUCUGACUGCCUGGGCUGCCUUUGCUGUAACACCUGAUCCACGACAAAUGCAGAGAACGCCCAGUGACCUGAAGUCCUCGCAUGAAGCUCAUGAGCCUUUCAGGCGAGAGUUUGGCGAGUGUGCACUGACUGUCUGUAGCGCUGUACAUCCUCAUAACCCCGCAGGGCGUCUGUCCACGUGAACGUCUUUGUGUUUUAAUUCUGCUCAAGCAUCAUGUGUUUAAGGAAAUACAAGGUUAUUUUGUCACCGUAUGCAAAACUAAAAAUUGUGAAUUUUUUUCCUUGGUUAAUUUAAAAUCCUAUUAUCUUUUGUUAAAUUUUCUAGUUUAAUGGAAUUGUAUUUAUUUUACAGUUUGGUAUCAUAUCACCUUCUGAAGAUUAAUCAGUGUUAAGAUUUUUUUUUUUAAUGAGUCUUCGCUUCUCUUAAACCUUUCUUAUGUGAGAGAUUACUGACCAGGAAAACUGACUGAUUCAAUUGACUGCCCUCAGGUCAUGUCAGGAAGGGGCUUUACUUAUGAAGUAGAUACAAAUGCUACACAAUUGGCUGAUUGCUGGUGGGCGGGGUUAACAUGUUUAACUCCACCCCCUCAGUCGCCAGCUCUCCCUCCCUCAUUUUCCUCUCAUUGGAGCUUUCAGUCGUCACCCUCGUGAGCAGGAGUCGGCGUGCUCCUGUUUCUCUAUGCGAAUUCGACAGAAUAUCAAUUUCUGAUGAAAUCAAGUGAAAGCCUGGAGUGAUUUUUAUUUAUUUAUGAUGUGGAGGGGGGUGUGAGUUGUACCCCACCUUGACGCUGUUUUUUGCUCAGUUUGUUACAGAGGAAAUGGAAGGGAUGGUGUAAGCAAACCAUGUAAAGGAAUAAGUUAAGAUUAUAAACAUUUUUCUUGUUCUCUUUUUGUAUUAAAAUAUUGCUUGCAGUACAAUAA